AUGGCAAUUAAGGAAUCAGAGAUGGCACUUUCAUUAUCAUCAUCAUCAUCCCAACCAUCACAAGUAGAUGUUCACUGCUUUCAAAGCCUUAAGAAUAAUGCAAAUGCAAGUUCUCUCAAUCGUGACACCUUCUACCUCAAACUCACUCACUUGUUCGAUUCCUCUGGACUCACCCUAAUUUUCAAUGUCCGAGAAACAUUGCUGGACUUGUACCUAGUUUACUUGGAGGUGACCACAAGAGGAGGAUUCCAUCAGGUUAGUCAAGAAAAGAAAUGGGGCGAAGUGGCCUCGGCCCUGAGAUUGGAAGGAAACAUUGCAAGAUUAUCUGCUCAAGUUGAAAAGCUCUACUUGCAACUUCUUUACCAAUUCGAGCAAUUGUACUUCUACAGAGCUCCUACAAAGAGCAGCAAGACCACAGGUUUGCACAAGAGGAAGCAAAUCUCAUCCGAGACGACAGAAGAAGGAGGAGCUGGGUUGGUCAAAGAGCAAGCUCUUCUUCUCGAACCUUCGGAUGGCAAAGAAAAGAAGAAACGCCGAGGCAUGGCACAAGGACAAAGAAGUGCAUACCAGAUGUUCCUGAAGCAAGAAUGCACUCGCUUGAAAAGUUGUAACUCGACCUCAACCGGAAAGGGUAUUCUCCACACCGCUAUCGAUUCAUGGAGGAAUAUGUCUCCACUUGAGAAACAGCCAUAUGUGGAUGAAUUCAAGAAGAACCAGGAAAAGUUCAAGAAAGGAAUGAUUAUUGAUGACAAUGGAGAGCACAAAAUAAUGCAAAAUGAGAAGGAAGAGAAGAACGUGGCUCCUACUAGUGUGUGUAAUAGUGAGUACUACCAAGUAACUUCACAGCCUGAGCCGGAUAACAAUAACUACACUAGCAUCAACAACAAUGCAGCAAUAGGCUUAGCUUUUAAUGUGACUGAAAAGUUUCCCAAGGAUUCCGUGUUACUAUUUGGCUUAUAGAUUGUUCAAUGGAUUUGCCAAUCAUGGAACCAAAGUAACUUAUAGAUGAUCUUUUUGCUCUGAGGGAAGCCAAGGAAGGAACUAACUAUGCAUCAGAAUCAGAUCCUAGUUUUGGUUGAGCAACUUAGUUGUAAGUUUUUGCAUGUUGCUCAAAGUAUGCCGUUAAGUAUAUAUAAAUGGUU